AUGUCGGAAGGUGCGGAAAUUGACGAGCGUGUUGACCUCGAUGAGGAACAUUAUAUGGAAGAAAUGGAUGACGAUGUUGAGGAACAGAUAGAUGACGAUGGAGUGGAUGGAGGUGAAGAUGAAAAUGCUGAAGGUAGUGGUGAAGAAAAUGAGUACGAGGAGUCAGCGGUAGAUGUUGAUGGGAAAGAACAAUUUCCUGAAGGAGAAAAGAGUGACCGUGCUUCUGAAGAUGAGCGAAAAUCACCUCUUAUUGAUGAGGAGGAAAGAGAGAAGUACGAUAAACUUCUUGCCCUUCCUCCUCAUGGUUCUGAAGUAUUUAUUGGUGGACUUCCUCGGGAUACAUGUGAUGAUGAUUUAAGGGAAUUGUGUGCACCAAUGGGUGAUAUUGUUGAGAUUAAACUAAUCAAAGACAGGGAAACCGGAGACAGCAAGGGUUAUGCUUUUGUGGCUUUUAAAACAAAGGAGGAGGCACAAAAGGCCAUUGAAGAUAUACAUAACAAGGAAUUUAAGAGCAAAACAUUGAGGUGUUCGCUGUCUGAAACCAAACACAGAUUAUUCAUUGGUAAUGUUCCAAAAACAUGGUCAGAGGAUGAGUUUAGGAAAGCCGUUGAGGCUGUUGGUCCAGGGGUUGAAAGCAUUGACCUCAUAAAGGACCCUCAAAAUCAAAGCAAAAAUCGUGGGUUUGCUUUUGUUUUGUAUUACAACAAUGCUUGUGCUGAUUAUUCACGACAAAAGAUGUCAAAUUCGAGUUUCAAGCUAGAUGGAAAUACACCAACUGUGACAUGGGCAGAUCCAAAGACCUCACCUGACAAUUCUGCUGCUUCUUCACAGGUUAAAGCUCUGUAUGUGAAAAACAUACCUGAGAAUGUUACUACUGAUCAACUAAAGGAGCUAUUUCAGCGUCAUGGGGAAGUAACGAAAGUGGUCAUGCCACCUGGCAAAGCCGGAGGGAAACGUGAUUUUGGUUUCAUUCAUUAUGCAGAGAGGUCAAGUGCAUUGAAAGCUGUAAAAGAGACAGAGAAAUAUGAAAUUUAUGGUCAAGCUCUUGAAGUUGUUAUUGCCAAGCCUCAAGCUGAAAAAAAACCUGAUGGAGGCUAUGGGUACAAUCCUGGACUCCAUCCUACCCAUCUUCCACAUCCUGGUUAUGGUAACUUUUCUGGAAAUCUUUAUGGCUCUAUAGGGGCUGGAUAUGGUGUUGCAGCUGCUGGUUAUCAACAGCCAAUGAUAUACGGUAGGGGUCCAAUGCCAGCAGGAAUGCAGAUGGUUCCAAUGGUUUUACCAGACGGCCGAAUUGGCUAUGUCCUCCAACAGCCUGGUGUACAGGUGCCAGCUCCCCGACCCCGCAGAAAUGACCGGGGAAAUGGUCCAGGUGGUCAGCCAGGGCGUGGAGGAGGUAGUGGUAAUGAUGAAGGAAAUCGUAACAGAAGGUAUCGACCCUAUUAG